UUUCAGACAACUUUAACCGCUUUAACGGUUUAAGACGUAUCUUUGUUGACGAUAAUCUAAUCAUGACUUUCUGUUCCAGACGGAAAUUUUGCGACGAUAAAAUCUACCGUUUUGUUUCUCUUUUUUUUAAUUUGUUAAAAGCUUCUGUUCUGUAUAGGUAGCUCUGGCCUUACUAGCUGCUGGGAAAGCUGUUAAAAGUUCGCCGUAUUCAGUGUGGUGUGCGUCUCGGCGAUGAUACGCAGAAUAAUUUUGCCAGCUCCGUUAUUUUUGUUUCCGAAAAGGGUUCCUAAGCCUUUGCCUUAUGUGAUCCUGCUCACGUUAGGUUCUUCGUUCCACACUGUUCGUGCGCCACACCAAAGGAUGGAGAAGGAACUGCACACUCAUAGCGGCGGUGCUGGACGAAGCGUGCACACGGACCACAUACUCGAUGUUGAAAUGGUCCCAAUGAAAAUCAUCCAUCGUCCUAUCCCUCCCGUUUUGGAUGAAUUAAAAGUGCAAAGCUUGAUGGCGACGAUAUCUUCCCUGCAGUCUUCGGGUUCAGAUUUGGCGAGCACUGUGCCGGCCAUCGAUGUGCUAUGGAUCACGGGCCGCGAAGGAGGCAAUUAUUUUUAUUCAUUUGGAGGAUGCCAUCGUUUCGAAGCUUACAAGCGUCUGGGAACGGAGAGAAUCCCGUGCAAGCUCAUUAAAUCGACUGUAGGCGAUUUACGGACAUAUCUGGGAGCGUCGACACCGGAUCUUAAAUAGACAUCACAAGUUAUAACCUAUUUUGUAUGCUGAGUUUGCAAAAACCUUUAGAGUUUUGAAUUUUGUGUCAGAUUGUAUAUUACGCAGUUAAGAUUCUGGCUGAGCCACUGACGUCUUUCACAGUUUUCCCGUGAUUUUGAGCUGAGAUUGUUUUUUAUUCCAAUUUUGUGCAGGUACAUGGUAAGUACAGUUUUGUAUACUUUGUGAAGUAAAUAAAAUUAAUUACCAGAAUUGCAAGCUAC